AUGGCUGCAAAAACUGCCGCUGUAGGUGGCAAGAGAAAGGCUACUAUGGGAGUGAAGGGGAAGCCGAAGGCCAUGGCUAAGAAGGCCCGUCUCGAAGACAACAAGAAGGCUGCGCCAGCUGCUGAAGACUCGGACGACUCUGACGACGCUUCUGAUUCUGAUGACGGUGGCGUCCAGCUUUCAGAUAAGAUCAAAGAGAGCAAGCCUGCGGCCAAGGGCUACCAGAAGACUUUUGAGCCAGGUCUUACCUCGCGCGAAUCGCACGCCAAACAGAAGCAGCUUGCGGCCGAGCGCAAGGCGGCCAAGCCGCUCGCCGACGAAGUCCAGCGCACAAAGAAGAUUUGGGAGCGACUGCGCCGAAAGUCUCACGUCCCCAAGGAGGAGCGCCAGCAACUCGUCGCUGAACUCUUCACGAUUAUUACCGGCCGCAUGAAGGACUUCGUUCUGAAGCAUGAUGCCGUCCGCGCCGUCCAAACCGCCAUCAAGUAUGCGACCUCCGAGCAACGCAAACAGAUCGCCCGCGAGCUUGAAGGCAGCUACGCACAGCUGGCCGAGAGCCGAUACGCCAAGUUUUUCAUCGGCAAGCUCCUGGUGCAAAACGACGACGAGAUCCGCGACCUCAUCAUUCCCGACUUUUACGGUCGCGUCCGCAAAUUGAUCAACCAUGCCGAAGCCUCGUGGAUCCUUGACGAUAUCUACCGCACAGUUGCGACCAAGCAGCAGAAGGCGUUCCUGCUCCGCGAAUGGUACGGCCCUGAGUUUACCCUCAAGGAGCUGACCAAGGACAAGGCCGUGACGGCUGACCUCAAAGAGAUUCUCGCCGACACACCCAGCAAGCGCGGCCCCAUCAUGAAGUCGCUGCUUGAGAUGAUCAAUACGCUAGUGCAGAAGCGCAUGGGUGGCUUCACGAUGCUGCACGACGCCAUGCUCCAGUACUACCUUGCUACGGAGCCUGGCUCGGAGGAGUUUAAAGAAUUUAUGGAGCUGAUCAAGGGCGAUGAGACCGGCGAUUUACUCAAGAACUUGGCGUUUACUCGCUCAGGUUCACGAUUAGUCUGCCUGCUUCUUGCCUACGGUAGCGCAAAGGACAGAAAGCAGCUGCUCAAGAGCUACAAGGAUACAUUCAUGGCCAUGGCGGGCGACCAAUAUGCCCACCUGGUCAUUCUUACCGCAUACGACGUUAUCGACGAUACCAAGCUCACCGCUAAGUCCAUCUUCCCUGAACUGGUCGGGGAGAAGACCGAGGAGGUUGUGGAUAAUAUUGUCGGUGCCGUCAACAAUCCACAUGCAAGACUGGCAUUCAUGUACCUAUUCGAAGGCAUGUCAAAAUCUCUGUUCCCACCCGGCAGCACAUUUGCCCAAGAUAUCCUCACCGAAGUUCACGAGAUUCGCAAGACGACGAGUAAGAAGGACACAGAUGCUCGCCGCCAGGAACUUGCGUCAACGCUUACCCCCCAUCUUCUCGAGGCUAUUGCCACAGCCCCGGCCGAUCUCAUGUCUACGGCGUUUGGCUGCCAGUUCAUUGCAGACAUUCUCUUGUGCAACACUGGCGACAAAGCUGCCGCCCUAGAAGCUGUUGCUCAGGCAGCCAAGGGCAACCCUAACGAGGAGGUGCCGGAGGACGAGGUUCAGCCUCGGACUCACAUCUCAAAGACGCCCUUUGGAGGCCGGAUGCUCAAGUCCCUUAUUCAGGGCGGCCGUUUCGACAAGGCCGCGGGCAAGAUUAUCCCCCUAGAGCCCGCCUUGGGCUUCUCCAACAUUCUGUACCCCGUCAUCUCAGACUACAUUGUGGACUGGGCAACGGGCCCGAGCUCUUUCGUGGUCGUAGCGCUGCUGGAGGCCGGGGACUUUAGCGACGCCGCGGCCGUGAGGAAGACGCUCAAGAAGAACAAGAAGCUCUUAGAGAAGGCGGCUAAGGAGCAGACACCGGAGCAAAAGGCGGCUCAGGAGGCUAAGGAGCAGGCGGCCGAAGCGGACAAGUCGGCAGGCAAAAAGAAGGCUGCCAGCAAGAAGAAGACGGAGCCGGCGGUAGGCAACAGUGGCAGUAAGCUGCUGCUGGAGAAGCUUUGA